UCCGUCUCCAUAUAAAAAAGAAAUCUCCGUCUCUCACACCCUCUUUCCUCUCGCGAUUCGAGAACCAGCGGGCAGCGGCGGCGCAACUCCCCUCGCGGCCUGCAAACCAGCGGCGGCGCCCCCUCCCGGGCCUGCAGUGCUGCAAGGCGGCGCACUGCCCCGGCGACGCCCCCUCCCCUCCCCGCUACUGAGCAGACGGACCAAACCGUCCGGCGUUCCCUGCGCAGCACCAAGGGAGGGACGGACUGCUUGCGGCCUGGACGGCGCUCUCCGGCACGCGAUUAUGGGCGGACGAGUCCGCCUGCGGCGUCGCCGGCGCUCCCUGCGCAGGGAGGGGCUGAAGGGCUAACCUGCGACUUGGCGAGCCGGCGUCCUCGCGCACGGCGGCCCGAGUACAGGCACAGGAGGGAGGGGCCUUGGCCGUGAGGCGCACGUGGACGCGAGGGAGAAGGGGGAGGACGGCUCGAUCUGCAGGGGUCGGAGAAGACAGAGCGGAUGGCGGCGCUCCAGUGAGUCGGUACAGUGCAGAAUCUAUUCUAAGGAAGGAUCGUAAGUGAGCUGAAGCCAUGGCCGUGGAUCCAAGCAUCGCGGCGGACGCCGAGGCCGCGGCGCGCCGGAGCGAGGAGGCGGCGGAGUCCUUCUUCCGCGGCGCGCCGCCGCUCCGCGAGCGCGACCGCGUCGCCGCCAGCGUGGCCAACUUCGUCGUCCGCCGCUCCGCAGGCGGGCCUGCCGGAGGCUCCAGGGUGAUUUGCAUCACCUCCGGCGGCACCACGGUGCCCCUGGAGCAGCGCUGCGUGCGCUACAUCGACAACUUCGCCUCUGGCCAGCGGGGGGCGGCCGCCACCGAGUAUUUUCUCAAGGCGGGCUAUGCUGUCAUCUUCAUCUAUCGCCGUGGGAGCAAGCAGCCUUACUGUAGAUUUCUUCCAGAGGAUUCGUUUCUCGAUCUUUUUGAGCUUGGUGAAGACUCAGAGAUCCAAGUUCCCCAAUCUCAUUCCACUGUGGUCAAGGCAGCUAUUAGCAAUUAUCACAAGGCGAUUGGUGAAGGCCUGCUUCUGAAACUUCCCUUCGCUACAAUUUUCGAAUACCUUCAGUUACUACAGAUGGUAGCCACUUCUAUGAAUUGCUUGCGGCACCAUGGAAUGUUCUUUCUUGCUGCUGCAGUUUCUGACUUCUAUGUUCCAUGGGAAAGUAUGGCUAAACAUAAAAUCGAGUCAGCAGUUGGCCCUUUGAACAUGCAACUCAACCAAGUCCCUAAGAUGCUUUUCAUCCUCAGAAAAAAUUGGGCUCCUUCAGCAUUUUGUGUAUCAUUCAAGCUCGAGACCGAUCCAAACAUUCUUCUAAAGAAGGCGGAGAUGGCUCUGAAAAAGUAUGGUAUGGACGUGGUGGUUGCAAAUGAGCUUGCAAGCUACAAAAAUGUAGUGGUCAUGGUCACGAGCAGUGGGAGAACGACCGUGAGCAGGAGCAGCAAGGAAGAAGACCUGGAAGAGCAGCUAACCGAGCACCUGAUGAAAAUGCACACAGAGCACAUCACAUAGUCCAGUUCGGAGGACCGUCAAGCGGACUCGAGCUGAGGUGAUUAUAUACGACACGGUGACGGCGAGUAUCAGCUAUCCAACCUUUUGGUUCUCCUAGCAAGUUGCCGCAGAGCUCACCUGGUUCAUCACCGGAUGAUCACACCAAUAUCUACACGCACUUGAAUUCGAAUGUGAGCUAUAGCUAAUGCCGCAGUUGGCGUGGUACUGUUCAUGUGGUGUACAGAUGGUGUAAAGAGAGGAUUUGAGACUAGAGCUUUGCAAAAACACGAAGGGGGCAGUUGUCGUCUCUAUUUUUUUUUUGACCCUCAUGAAUCGUGAUACAUUGAUUCCGUG